AUGAAACUUUCCAUUGCAGUCCUAGCCCUCGCCGCAUCCUGUGCUUACGCAGGAAAGCCCCAGCUAUCCAUCUCCGUUCGUGAUGGAAAUUUCGACGGCCUUGAUGGAUUGGACCCCUCCAUCAAAUGGGAAGGAGCUUCCAAUACUGGCGAUGUCGACCUAAGCUACGGUAUUGAAGCCGCUGCUCUCCCAACUACUGAUAUUGCUUCCCUUCCACGCAAUGUCUGGGGUAAGGCCAGCACCAACGUCGCUGGAUGGGGAGUCUCUGCCCGUGCCGAGCGCAACAUGCAAGAUAGCGCCGACACCGGCGUCGAGCUCGACAUGGACAAUGAAGACGCCGACCUUUCUCUUCGCAUUGUCGCUUCCGCUGGCAAUGGCUUCAGUGUCAACCGCGUCGAGGCCACCAAAGGGCUUGAUAUCGAUGGUGGUCGUGUCACUAUCAACCCAAGAUAUGACCUUGGCACUGAAGAAGCCGAUGUCGUUCUUUCUUACGACAAUGGAAAUACUAAUGUCAAGUUGACUGCUUCUGCUGACAACCAAGAGGUCGAUGCCAAGCAUAGUAUGGGAGACACCAUUUUUGGAGUCAUCGCAUCUGCAAACAAUCAAGAAGUCACACUUGACCAUACCAUGGACAAGACCAACGUGAAAUUGACUGCAUCUGUUGACAACCAAGAGGUCACCAUCCGUCAACAAUUGGAUGACAACAAUAGUAUUGCUCCAACCAUCAACAACAGAGGAGAUAUCUCUGUCGCUUGGGAGCGCAACUUGGGAGACGACAGUUCCUUGACUGCCACAUUGAAGCCCAAUGACAGUUUGGAUGUCGAAUGGAACGAUGGCGACUGGACCGCGAAUGUGAACUGUGGCCUUGACGGAACCAAUAUCGAAGGCGCCAAUGUUCAUAUCAAGCGUGAUAUCAACUUCUAA